CACACAAAGAAAGCAUCUGUGGACAUUUAAUUUACCUUCACAUCUUUUUUUACCAACUGGAAUUAAAAUAACAAAGAAUGGGGUUCCAGUAGAAAAUUUACUGCAUGAUAUCACAAAGGAAGGACUUAAGAUAUGGACAUCCUAAGCUGCUCAAAGGCUUGGAAAUGGCAAGUAGUGUAUUCCUUAUUUCUUUGUAGCUGGGGCUGGGUCUCUGGGCAGAUUCAUUAUUCUGUUGUUGAGGAGUCAGAACCAGGGUCUUUUGUAGGAAAUAUAGCUCAAGAUCUGGGGCUAAAUCUGGCAAAUAUCUUAAAACGGAGACUGCAUUUGGGGUCUGAGGGCAGCAGGAGAUAUUUUGCUGUAAACCAGGCAAAUGGAGAUAUAACAGUAAAAGAAAGGAUAGACAGAGAGACUCUUUGUGGAUCCAGCUCUAGAUGUACGUUGCCUGUUGAAAUUGUUGCUGAAAGUCCCUUGGAACUUUAUAGUCUAGAAAUUGAUAUUUUGGAUAUAAAUGACAAUUCCCCUACUUUCUCAAAUAUCGAUCGAAUCGUAAAAAUAACAGAAAUAUUUGCAAGUCCCGGUACUCGAUUUCCUUUAGAGAUUGCCCAGGAUCCUGACGUGGGAAUAAAUGGCAUAAGCCAGUAUAAAAUGGAUUCAAAUCCUUAUUUUUCUUUAUCCGUGAUAAAUCGUAAAGAUGGAACUCUUAUCCCUGAGCUGGUAUUAGAAAGAUCUCUUGAUAGAGAAGAAAAAAAAGAACAUAAGCUCAUAUUAACGGCACUGGAUGGGGGAGAACCAGCCAAAUCAGGAUCUUGCCAAAUUACAGUUAUUGUUUUAGAUAUCAAUGACAAUCCUCCGGUAUUUGAUAAAUCCACCUAUAAAGUAAAAUUAUUAGAAAAUGCAAUAAUAGACACUGUAUUAACAAAGCUUAAUGCCACAGAUUUGGAUGAGGGCACAAAUGGAGAAAUAGAAUAUUACUUUGAUGACCAUACAUCUGAUUCUGCAAAGGAAUUAUUUCAUUUAAAUUCACAAACUGGAGAAAUUUACAUUAAACGAUUAGUGGAUUUCGAAGCAUCACAUUUUUAUGAAUUAUCAAUCAGAGCAAAGGACAAAGGGGUUCCAGAACUGGAAGGACGUUGCUUACUUCAGGUGGAAAUAGAAGAUGAAAAUGAUAAUCCUCCUGAAAUAACCCUGACGUCUGUUUCUUCUGAUAUUCCUGAAAAUACAGCUUUAGAAACCGCUGUAGCAUUUUUUACAGUGAGAGACAAAGAUUCUGGGAAAAAUGGAGAGGUGAAAAUAUUACUUUCCCCGCAUCUGCCAUUCAAAAUAAAGCCACUGAAAAGUUACUAUUCUUUGGUCACAGACAGAUCUCUAGACAGAGAGACAAUUUCCCAGUAUACCAUCCAAAUUGUUGCUAUGGAUUUGGGUACUCCUGCUUUGCAGACACAAAGUAUAUUUACGUUAAAUGUUUCUGACAUUAAUGAUAACGCUCCAAUAUUUCUGCAAACUCAUUAUGAAGCUCUUAUAAAAGAAAAUAAUGAGCCAGGUAGCCUAUUGUGCACACUAGGUGCAUUUGAUUUAGAUGACGGAGUUAAUGCGCAAUUGGUAUAUUCUCUAGUUGAUAGCCAGAUAGAUGGCUCUUUCGUUUCCUCCUUUGUAUACAUUAACCCCCAAAAUGGUCAUCUCUAUGCCCAACGUGCCUUUGACUAUGAACAAAUACAGCUUUUGCAAAUUACUGCAAAAGUAGAAGAUUGCGGUGUUCCAAAAUUAUCUUGUAAUAUUACUGUAUUUAUAUUUAUACUGGAUACAAAUGAUAACUCCCCAGUCUUAUUACACCCAAAGCACUCUGUUGAGCUGAACAUGGGUGAGAAGAUUCAAAGGUCUGCUUCUCUUGGUUAUUUAGUCACAAAAAUAUCUGCAGUGGAUUUAGAUUCUGGUCACAAUGCUUGGUUGCUAUAUAGACUGAGUGAAGAUACUGAUUCUACUUUAUUUCAAGUAUCUGCAAACACAGGAGAACUAAGGACUAUUAGAGAGCUACGGGAGACAGAUAAUAAUGAACAAUGUAUUGUUAUUUUAAUCAGUGACCACGGGGAACCACCUUUAUCAACAACUGUCACCAUAUUUGUAAAUAUAGUAGAUUAUGUUGAAGAAAUCCCCAAGUCUCGUGAUUUUUUUGACAAUUCCAAACCCACAUCUGAACUAACCCUUUAUUUAAUUAUCUCACUUGUGGCCAUCAGCUUAGUUUCCCUUGUUACAUUUAUCAUAUUAUUUGUAAAAUGUUUGAAAAGAGAAAACUAUGACAACAGCAGCAUCUGCUGUUUCAUAAACAGAACCCAUUCAAAUCAAUAUGCAGAUCAGUAUAAACCAACACUUUACCUGAAUACAGAUGGAACUUUAAAGUACAUGGAAGUGAGGAUGCUUCCAGCAGAUCCCCAGGGACAUUGUUAUCAAACUUGCAUCCAGCCAGCAAUAGAAAGUCCUGAUGCGGGCUUCCUGAAUCCACAGCAUUUUGUUCACCCUAAUGGAUUAGUCAAUGAGAAUGAAGGCUCUUCUUCUAUAAACCCAACCCAAUCUCCUCCUCCUGGCUCAGUGAAUCAGCCUCCCAUUUUUGCCAGACAACAAAGAAUUGCUGCCGUUCAGUGGAUAUUUUCAAAGCAUUACUUGGGAUAUUUACCUUUUAUUAACUUCAAGCUUAAAGACAGGCAUGAGGAAUUAUACUAG